CCGAACCGGACCAGAUGUGCGGAAUCCUGUCUGUGCAUCACCGCAGUCGUCGUGCGGCCGUGGUCGAGUGCAGUCGCGUAGUGUUUUGAAACGUGUGCGUUUGACCCGAAAGACGCUCUCACCUGAAGAUAUUUAUUGUGAGUGGAACAGGGGGGUGCGAUGGUCACUUCUCGUAGUAAGUGUCAUUAGCACGAGGGAUCAGAAGCAUGUGUGGUGUCUUGUAGCAGUGCUGGACUUUAGUAUAUUGGCCCUUUCGCGGGAUGCACUUUUAGCCAGAAGUUUGAAAACAAUUAUUAGUAGAAAGUGACCGCGUGCAGAUUUGCGGCAGCAGCUUGCAGCAGUGCGAAGCAGUAAGUGAAACUAAGAAGAACCCUAGAAACCAGUGAUUGUUGUUCGAGUGAAAUGAAAAACCUAUAAGAUUUCCGUUCCGCGGUUCCACUGAAAGUGCGUUGAAUUAACUUGUGAAUAGAUUGUGAAUUUAUUAAUGCGGUGCUACUGAAAUAAUUUAUGCUCCGCAGUUCAUUGCUAAGAAGAUAUCGAAUUAAAAAAAUAAAAGACCAGUGAGAAGGGGAACCAGUUUUCGGAUUUGGAACAUCUAGUUGGCCGAGGAAGAAGCAAAAAAAAAACAUACUGAACUUCUGAUAUCGCUUAGUAUUGGCGCGAUGGGCGGCGGUGACGAGUACGACUUGGCGCAGAUGUGUUAAUGAUCUUGUUUUGAUGUUGUCACGCGAUUGGAAUGAAAUCGAGAUAAAGUUUCAUCAUUUCGGGAGACGUCACCACGUCUAAGCUUGGAGUUCGCCCGAGAGUCGCGGCCGGUCCUCGAUCGGAAACACAUCUGAAUCAUCAAUUGUCUUUCAGAGGCCCCUGGGGCUAGCACUAGGGACGGUUUUACGUUAAACGUCGAAUCGGGGAAGUUAUUGACAAAAUUAGUUCGGUUUCGCAACGGUCAUCGCAUCUGCCCGGCCCUGGUUCUUUGUUCCGUUUCGUGUUUUUUACACACCAAUAAACGGAACCCACGUGCCACGGCGGAACGACGAGGACGACUAAUUCCGCGCGCAUAAUGCCAUUAAUCAAGUUGAUUAUUAUUAUGAAUGUAAUUAAGUGGAAAAUGUUCGCAAACGAAGAGGAAAUAUUUCAAUAAUAACCUGCCUAAGAAGUCCGGAAGGUGAGUGUUUCGCGAGUUUCGUGAGUUCCGCUGCGGAAGGGCCGCCAGCGAAGUUAACGAACUAACGGCGGUCACCGGUGGAGUUUGGUGGUUUACUUCGUUGCUGCCUCGUUCGCACCCAGUGACUGUGAUAUUUAUAAGUGGCAGGUCGAAGAAGAAGAAGAAGAAGAAGAAUCUGUGCGGUUAACCCGGGUGCUCCGUGGCAAGAACGCGGCAAUGGCGCUUCGUUGGCUCAAGCUGUGUGCUAAAUAUAGAUUAGUGUUGGCGGGUUUUAUUGUUGUAAUUUAUUGUGCGAGCAAAGUAUCGGCCGGUGGAGGCAGAAGUGGUUCCGUUGCGUCAUUGGCGGUCGACGGUGACUUCCAAAUGGACAGUCACUACCAAAAUCCAUACCAGCCGAGGCGGCGUCAUCACUAUCGGGAAGGUCACCAGAGACGAUCGUCCUAUCGGCGAGUCCGGGCACCACACGAUGGCCGAGGACGGGUCAAGAAGAGUGACGUGGUGGAGGGUAUUCUGGCGCAGGACUCACCCAUCAACGACAUCAUCCGGCAGGCUCGGGAACGUAAGCCGAACAUCAUACUUAUUUUGACUGACGAUCAGGACGUCGAAUUGGGAUCACUGAAUUUUAUGCCCCGGACGCUGCGAUUACUUCGUGAAGGUGGUGCCGAGUUCCGGCAUGCUUACACGACCACUCCGAUGUGCUGCCCGGCACGGUCCUCCAUCCUGACCGGAAUGUAUGUGCAUAACCACAAUGUCUUCACCAACAAUGACAACUGCUCCAGUACUACCUGGCAAACCACCCACGAAACUCGCUCGUUUGCCACCUACCUGUCGAAUGCCGGCUAUCGAACCGGUUACUUUGGCAAGUAUCUGAACAAGUACAAUGGUUCGUACAUUCCGCCGGGUUGGCGGGAAUGGGGUGGUCUCAUCAUGAACUCCAAGUACUACAACUACAGCAUCAACAUGAAUGGGCAGAAAAUUAAGCACGGGUUCGAUUACGGAAAGGAUUACUAUCCAGAUUUGAUUGCGAACGAUUCGAUCGCUUUCCUGCGGCAGAGUAAACAUCAGAACCACCGGAAACCGGUGCUGCUGACGAUGAGUUUCCCGGCACCGCACGGACCGGAGGAUUCGGCACCGCAGUACAGCCAUUUGUUCUUCAAUGUGACCACCCAUCACACCCCCGCCUACGAUCAUGCUCCCAAUCCGGACAAACAGUGGAUUCUGCGGGUGACGCAACCGAUGGCCCCGAUCCAUCGUAAAUUCACGGAUCUGCUGAUGACCAAACGUCUUCAAACGUUACAAUCGGUGGAUGUGGCCGUGGAACGUGUCUACCAGGAACUGAAGAAUCUGGGCGAACUGGACAACACCUACAUCAUCUACACGUCCGAUCACGGUUAUCACCUCGGUCAGUUUGGUCUGAUCAAGGGCAAAAGCUUCCCGUUCGAGUUUGACGUUCGUGUUCCGUUCCUGAUGCGAGGUCCCGGCAUCGAACCGGCCAGUGUGGUUGAUGAAAUUGUGCUGAACGUGGAUCUGGCACCGACUUUCCUGGACAUUGGAGGUGUGGCUCCACCGCCGCACAUGGACGGUCGCAGUUUUCUGCCGCUGAUAUUGAACCGUCACCGGAAUGCCGUCGAUAAAUGGCCCGAUACGUUCCUCAUUGAAAGUUCCGGCCGACGAGAAUCGCCCGAGCAGAUGCAGGAGCAACGGAUGAAAGCCGCUGCCGCAAGGUACAGUGCUCGGUUGAAUGCGGGAACCAACGGAACGGCGGGAACGCUGUCGGAACGGGAAAAAAUCGCACCACUGGAAACGGUAACCGAAGCCGAAAAGCGGGAGGACGUGACACUGGAUUUCGGUUCGCACGAACACGACGAUGAUGACGAGGAUCAUGAUACGGAUCAAGAGGAUGACGAUCAUCAUGGUGAUGAUUUGAACUCGGAACAUGCUGAGGCACGGCAGGACCAUGAAGACUAUGUCAUCGAUCACCAGGAGGCACAACACUUUGGAAUGAGCGAAGCUCAUCACGACUCGUUGGACAACAGCCUACCGAUGACACCGUUCCGGUCGAAGAUGGAACGUCUGAACAACGAAUGUUCCAAUCCGUCGGUCCAGCAGAACUGCGUGCCGGGUCAAAAGUGGCGCUGCGUCAGCGAAGAUGGUCGCUGGCGACGGCACAAGUGCAAGUUUCACCUUCAGCUGCAGAAUCAUCUGGCCGAGAUCAAUAAACUUUCUAGUCAGAACAAGCGCAACUGCGCUUGUUUCACCCCCGACGGGUUGAUCUACACUAAGAUCAAGUCUAAGCGGGACUACAAACAUCACGUGUUGGGACGAUUCGAUGGAUAUCGGCACCGGAGACAGAAACGGGACGCUACCUCCCACGUGGAACUAUUUUUCGAGGCUAAUCCGGAGAUGGUCGAACUGCUGUCGGUUGCCAAAUCGAUGGCGGAUUUGGAAGGUGAACUGCAGUCUAGUCACAGCAACGGUAGAAGUAAGAGAGAUGUCGGUGGCGGCAGUCAGAUUGAAAAUAUUAUCCAGGAACUGCAGAGCACGUUGAAGAACAUCGAACGGAAUUUUGAGCAGAAUACAAUUUUGAAGCGGUACAACCAUUCGACGGAAACGGAGGAAAGUGCUGGGGCAGGAUCCAAAUGUUUCGUCACGACUAUUGGGAAGGUGAACUGUUCGAAUGUGAUUUAUGAAGAUGAAAGCAGCUGGAAACGCAGUAGAAGUCAGGUGGACAUGCUGAUAAAGGUUUUGAAGAGUAAAAUUAAUGAUUUGAAAGAUAUUCGGAGGUAUUUGAAGGAACAUAAACCGACGAGUUUCCGGGAUGAUGGCGAAGAUGGCGAUGACGACGGGGAAGAUGAAACACACAGUGAAUCUGUCGAGCUGGAGUUCGAUUUAAAAGUUACCACUAGCACAACAACAUCGACCGUUGUCCCGACGACUUUGCUUCCUUUCGUUGAAAAUGUGAUUCCAAGAAAGGAGCAGUUCAACCGGACGGGUUUGGGAAAACGACCGAAAAACAAUGGUGGCUUCAGACGCCGUCAGAAACCGGCACGAACCGACGACAAUCAAGGACCGCUGAUCGAUAUGAGUCUUUUCGAGGAUGGUGCUAAUCGGGAGGAAGUUCUGCCGGAUUCUGUACCGUCGAAUGGCAGAUCUAGUCAACAAAAUAAACAUCGGAACAAUGGUCAAUCCGUGGGUUUCAACGGAAAACAUCGCAAUCGUAGUCGUUCAGAAGCGGCGCAGUUUACCAGUAGCAGUCCAAGUUCAAGUACAACCGAAGAAAUCUUCGCCGGAACUGAUAGGAUAGAUGAUGUCACCUCCCCUACCGGUCGGAAAUCCAUACUGGAGAUCACAGAGGACAUUCUUAAAUCUAUUGUUAGUACGACAACGGUAAGUUAUGAAGAGAUUUCCAGCUCAGCUAGUUCCGUGUCAACGAUUGGAGGAACUGAAAGUGAUUUGACGACGAGUAGCACACCGAUGACUCAUCGGCCGAUCUCUACGGAAGCUUCAACGUCCUUUGAAGGACCCCGUCCGGUUGAUCCAACUAAUCCCGACGCGGAACCGGAAACAGUGGAAGAAGAUGCCGAGUCCCACAUCGAAAGUACGCCCAACAAAAUGACAACGGUAGCGAACGAGAUUUUCGGCGUCGAUGCCAUCACGCACAAUCAAAUCCCGGUGGUGAAAAAUGAUCCGAUGCUACCGGCAGCCGAGUGCUACUGUGAACCGGAAGUGCAAGGACCAAUACCGGACGAAAGAGAACUGGCUCGCGAAACGCGUCGCCGAUUGAAGGAAGAACGGCAGCGGAAGAAGGAAAGGAAACGGCACCGGAAGGCUAAACUCGAGAAGGAAUGCCUGUCGGAGCGAAUGAACUGCUUCAGUCACGACGCAAACCACUGGCGGACGGCACCGCUGUGGGACGAUAAGCCGUUCUGUUUCUGCAUGAAUGCAAACAACAAUACCUAUUCCUGUCUGCGGACCAUCAAUCAAACGCACAACUUCCUGUACUGUGAGUUUACGACGGGAUUGGUUACCUACUAUAAUUUACGGAUUGAUCCAUUCGAAACACAGAACCGUGAAUCAUCGCUUACCCCGGAGGAAAAGGCAGUCCUUCACGAUACUUUGGAUUACAUGAAGAAUUGUCGUGGUAAAAGUUGUACACUGCCGAGAUAUCAGCACAACGGGUUGGCCAGUCAAACGGAUGGUAUUCCGAUGCUACCGGCAAAUGGGAGACUGCCGGCGGUGGCGAGCGGAGCCGGUACCGGAAAGCGAAAGCAUCACAGGGAUCCUACUGGAGCUGCCACCGGAAACAUUCCCGUCCACUUCUCGGACUUUGACGCCAUGCAGACCAGUACUCCGAAGAAGAAAAUCAAAUGGGGUAAGCGAAAGCAACAUUGGCAGCAGCAGCAGCAGCAACAGCAAAGACCAAACGGAGGCGGCGGUCAGAACCACCACCACAAUCACCAGCCGCAGCCAAUGUUCCGCAGUGGGGAACAGUUUCCUAGUCAGAGCAGUGAGUUCUUCGGUGGUGGCACCGUCAGUCACAGUGGAUCGAAGCGGAACCGCACCAGCCGACGGCCGAUCUGGAGAAGCACAAUCUACACUGCUUAGACACCCCGCGGACCGUAGCAUUCAUGGUUGAAGAUCUGUUCGUAAUUUGUAUUUACCUACGUAGUAGAAAGGCAAACGUGUUGAGUAAGAUAUUGUGUAAUCAUAGUUUGAUUCGUUUCUCGACAUCCAUGACUGAUGUAAAUUUUACUUCUGUUUUCACCACUUCACCUGGUGGUGAACAUGUUCAAAUAGUAUAAGUUUUAAGGUUAGACUUGUUUUUACACAAUUGUAUAAACCAUUAGUUGUUGAUAAACUACCAGUAAUAAUGUAAACGUACUACUCUUUCUAACAAUUCUACUGUUCUGGCAGUAUUUACUCCGUUUUUUUGCCACUGCCAUUCCCAGUAAUUACAAGAAGUUGCUUAGAAGAAUUUCGUCAAACUUGUUUUCAUUCAGUUAGAGGUUGCCUGAUGCUGAAUUGUCAGAUGCGCCAUCACUUUAGACUAAUUGGACGAUAUAACAAAAAAAUAGCACAAGAAAAACCUAAAACAAAACAAAGCUUUGGAAUGCCGUCAAAGUCAUCACUCCUUCAGAGUAGCUCAACUGGCAGAGCAGUGCCACGUAUUAAACAUCGUGUAUAGGUUCCAAUUCAAUCUCUUUAUUCUUAUUCCCCAAAGCAUUCUAUCGACAAAACUAGUAACAAGCACUUGUCCGCUGUAUAACCGAACUUAGCAUUGUUUAAGUGGCUAGUGUUGCUUGAAUAUGACAUUGAUUUUGGAACCCACUAACAGAAGACUCACGAUUUCCUGUCACUUCAAUCUACACAAAUAUCAUUGUAUUUAUUACAGAAUCGAACACCAUUGCAAAGCUAGAGCCUAUUGAUUAGUAAUGCCGGAAUGAAUAGAGCAUACAAACAGGCAUCUCUAGAAGUCUAGAAUAGAAAACCUUCACGGAAGAGCUAGUGUCACUUUUAUUCUGAUUUUAGCAAAGUGAAAGUGAGUCGGGUGUGUUAGUCGGGUCUGAAAAACAUAACUAGUAUGCAGAAGAAGCUGACUGACUGAGCUUUGUUAUACUUUUUUUUUACUAUUUAUAUGUUUAUUCAUAUGAACACAUAAUCCCCAGUCAUCAGAAGCUGCUGUUGUAUAAACAAAUAAAAAAAAAAGUAGAA